UAAGGGGAGAAGCAUUCACCGCUCACUCUCUAAACACCUCCCCGAGAAAAAAAUAUAAAUAUAUAAAGAAAUACACUUUUAUACUAACGCAAACUUAUAAAUUUACGUAAAAGAAAAAAUAAAUUCUUAAAAAAUAGAAACAGAAUAUAAUAUCUCUCUGCCUCUUCACUUUCAUCAACAAAGCACAACAACACCAACACAUAUAAAAAGUCCACACUCACUUUUCUCCCUUUUCUUCAUAUUCUUCUCUCCCCUCACCUUAGGGUUUCUCUUCUUCUACUGUAUCCGCCAAAAAUCCUCAAUUCCACUACAAUAUUCACCUUUGCAAAAGAAAAAUUCUUUCGAAUUAAUCAAACUCUAGUCUCUCAGAUUGCUUCUUUUCUGUUAAUUUAUUGAUAGGGUUUCUGAAAUUUGUUUUCUUCCGGCGAGAUGCAGCAGAUUAUGAUUAAUUCCCGAUCCGGUGCCGCGUGAUCGCGCGCGACCACUGGAUUCAAUCGGGGAGGUUUAGCUCUUGUAUGGAAACUCGCAGCCGGAAGCGGGCGGAGGCCUCCUCAACUGCCCCUUCUUCUUCUUCCUCCGGUCCCACAACUCGUUCUCAGAAACGCUCCCGCCUCUCCUCCACGUCAGCUGCCCCUGUUACCACUACCGCCCCCUCCCCCGCCCCCUCUCGCACUCGACCCACCCGCGCUCAUCCAAUGGACCCCACCGCAAACUCAAACACACCUGUGGAAUCGUCAUCGUCAUCGUCUCGCUCCCGUCGUAACAACAAGAAUCCUGAAUCGUCAUCGUCUGAUAAAGGCAAAGAGAAAGAGCAUGAAGUUAGGGUUCGAGAUAACAAGGAUAAUAGCAACCUAGGGUUAAAUAUGGAAUCUGGAAAUAAUAUUAACAAUAACAAUAAUAAUGUUAAUGAGGAUGAUGAUAAUGACAGCGAAGAAGGCGGUGGAAUUGGGGCUUUUCACCACAAUCUAACUUCAGCUAGCAGUGCUCUACAAGGCUUGUUACGGAAGCUUGGUGCCGGUCUUGAUGAUCUGCUACCUUCCUCUGGUAUGCCAUCCGCUUCGUCUUCGCAUCAGUCUGGCAGAUUGAAGAAGAUUUUAUCAGGAUUGAGGGCUGAUGGUGAGGAAGGGAAGCAGGUUGAGGCUUUGACUCAGCUUUGUGAGAUGCUUUCCAUUGGAACUGAGGAGUCUCUGAGCACUUUUUCUGUGGAUUCAUUUGUUCCGGUGCUUGUUGGAUUGUUGAAUCAUGAGAGUAAUCCUGAUAUAAUGUUGCUGGCUGCACGUGCUAUUACUCAUUUGUGUGAUGUUUUGCCUUCUUCUUGUGCCGCUGUUGUGCAUUACGGUGCUGUUUCAUGUUUUGUUGCUAGGUUGCUUACUAUUGAAUAUAUGGACUUGGCUGAACAGUCCUUGCAAGCACUUAAAAAGAUAUCUCAGGAGCAUCCUACUGCAUGUUUGCGAGCUGGUGCUCUUAUGGCGGUACUUUCUUAUCUGGAUUUCUUCUCCACGGGAGUCCAGCGAGUAGCGUUAUCCACUGCUGCAAAUAUGUGCAAGAAACUCCCUUCAGAUGCCGCUGAUUUUGUGAUGGAAGCUGUUCCGCUGUUGACAAAUCUUCUUCAGUAUCAUGAUGCAAAGGUAUUGGAGCAUGCUUCUGUUUGUUUGACCCGGAUUGCUGAAGCUUUUGCUUCAGCGCCUGAAAAAUUGGAUGAACUAUGCAAUCAUGGACUGGUUACUCAAGCAGCUUCUCUGAUUUCCACUAGUAAUGCCGGUGGUGGACAAGCUUCUCUAAGCCCACCUACAUACACAGGCUUAAUUCGACUGUUGUCCACAUUUGCAAGUGGGUCCCCUCUUGGAGCAAAAACUUUACUUCUCCUAGAAAUCAGUGGUAUUCUUAAGGAUAUACUUUCAGGAUCUGGUGUCUCUGCUAACUCGUCAGUCCCUCCAGCUCUAAGUAGACCGGCAGAACAGAUUUUUGAGAUUGUGAACCUAGCAAAUGAGCUUCUCCCUCCACUUCCACAAGGAACAAUCUCUCUCCCUGCCAGCUCCAAUGUUUUUGUGAAAGGACCCGUGGUAAAGAAGUCACCUUCAAGUAGUUCUGGGAAACAGGAUGAUCUUAAUGGAAAUGUUCCUGAGGUUUCAGCUAGAGAGAAAUUGUUAAAGGAUCAGCCAGAGCUGUUGCAGCAAUUCGGAAUGGAUCUCCUCCCUGUUCUAUUACAGAUAUAUGGUUCCAGUGUCAACAGUCCUGUUCGCCACAAAUGUCUUUCAGUUAUUGGAAAGUUGAUGUAUUUCAGCAGUGCGGAAAUGAUUCAGUCUUUAUUGAGCAUCACAAACAUAUCUAGUUUCUUAGCUGGGGUCUUGGCAUGGAAAGAUCCUCAUGUCUUGGUUCCUGCCCUCCAAAUUGCUGAAAUUCUUAUGGAAAAGCUUCCUGGAACUUUCUCCAAGAUGUUUGUCAGAGAAGGUGUGGUUCAUGCUAUAGAUCAACUUGUCUUGGCUGGGAAUCCAAGUACCACUCCUACCCAAGCACCUUCCACUGAGAAGGAUAAUGAUUAUGUAUCUGGAACAUCAUCCCGUUCUAGGCGCUACAAACGCCGCAGUGGCAAUUCAAAUGCUGAAGGAAGCUUAUUAGAAGAAUCCCGGAGUCCUAUUCCAACAAAUGUUGGAUCACCUCCAAGUUCUGUUGAAAUCCCAACAGUUAAUUCCAGCCUUCGCAUGGCAGUCAGUACAUGUGCCAAGUCUUUUAAAGAUAAGUAUUUUCCAUCAGAUCCUGGUGCUUCUGAAGUUGGGGUUACUGAUGAUCUCUUGCAUUUAAAAAAUCUUUGCAUGAAGUUGAAUGUUGGUGUUGAUGACCAAAAGACUAAAGCAAAAGGAAAAUCUAAAGCUUCUGAGUCUCGUGGCAUUGAUGGUUCUAUUAAUAAGGAAGAGUAUUUGAUUGGUGUGAUAUCUGAUAUGCUGGCAGAACUAAGAAAAGGGGAUGGUGUAUCCACAUUUGAGUUUAUUGGCAGUGGGGUUGUGGCAGCAUUGCUGAAUUACUUCUCUUGUGGUUACUUUUCCAAGGAGAGAAUAUCAGAAGCUAAUCUGUCCAAGCUUCGGCAACAGGCACUUAGACGAUUCAAGUUAUUUGUUGCCCUUUCCCUUCCUUAUAGUACUAAUGCAGGGAGUGCAGCUCCCAUGGCUGUCUUGGUUCAGAAGCUUCAAAAUGCCCUGUCGUCCUUGGAACGCUUUCCUGUUGUUUUGAGUCAUUCGUCUAGGUCAUCCGGUGGAAGUGCACGUCUCUCAUCUGGAUUAAGUGCACUGUCUCAACCUUUUAAGCUGCGCCUUUGUCGAGCCCAGGGUGAAAAGUCUCUCCGUGAUUAUUCUUCCAAUGUAGUUCUUAUUGAUCCAUUAGCGAGUUUAGCAGCUGUUGAAGAGUUUCUUUGGCCCCGAGUUCAGCGAGGUGAAUCUGAUCAAAAGCCCUCAGCUUCUGUGGGAAAUUCUGAAUCUGGUACUACACCUGCUGGAGCUGGUGCAUUGUCUCCAUCUGCUUCCACUCCUUCAACCACUCGCCGUCAUUCUUCAAGAUCAAGAUCAUCUGUUAAUAUAGAUGCAGCUAGAAAGGAACCAUUGCAGGAGAAAAGCACAAGUUCAUCUAAGGGAAAGGGGAAAGCUGUUUUUAAGCCUGCCCAGGAGGAGGCAAAAGGACCUCAAACUAGAAAUGUGGCUCGUAGAAGAGCAGCCCUUGAUAAAGAUGCGCAGAUGAAAUCAGUGAAUGGGGAUUCUAGUUCUGAGGAUGAGGAAUUGGACAUAUCUCCUGUUGAGAUUGAUGAUGCUUUGGUGAUUGAAGAUGAUGAUAUCUCUGAUGAUGAGGAUGAUGAUCACGAAGAUAUGUUAAGAGAUGAUCCGCUACCUGUUUGCAUGCCAGAAAAAGUACACGAUGUGAAGUUGGGUGAUGCCCCUGAAGAUAGCAGUGGUGCACCAGCCACAAGUGAUAGCCAAACUAAUCCUGCUUCUGGUUCUAGCAGCAGAGCAGCUACAGUUAGGGGCUCAGAAUCUACUGAUUUUAGGGGUGGCAGCUCUUAUGGCUCAAGGGGUGCUAUGUCAUUUGCUGCUGCUGCUAUGGCUGGUCUUGCAACUGCUAAUGGCAGAGGUAUCCGAGGAGGCAGAGAUCGACAAGGAAGACCACUAUUGGGUGGUUCUAGUGACCCUCCAAAAUUAAUCUUUACUGCUGGAGGGAAGCAGCUAAAUAGGCAUUUGACGAUCUAUCAGGCCAUUCAAAGACAGCUUGUGCUGGAUGAGGAUGACGAUGACAGGUAUGCUGGCAGUGAUUUCAUCUCUAGUGACGGAAGCAGGCUGUGGAGUGACAUAUAUACCAUUACAUACCAGAGGGCAGAUGGCCAACCUGAUAGAGUUUCUGUUGGUGGCUCAAGUUCUACCACAUCGAAGUCCACAAAAACUGGUUCUUCAAAUUCUGAUGGCCAAUUGCAUCAGAUGUCCUUGUUAGAUAGCAUCUUGCAAGGGGAGCUUCCCUGUGACUUGGAGAAAUCUAAUCCCACUUAUAAUAUUUUGGCACUGCUUCGUGUACUAGAUGGUUUGAACCAGCUGGCACCACGCCUGAGAGCGCAGCUAUUUUCAGACAAUUUUGCUGAGGGGCAAAUCUCAAAUUUGGAUGAUCUGAGUGCCACUAGCAGUAGGGUUCCUGCUGAAGAAUUUGUUAACAGCAAGCUCACUCCUAAAUUAGCUCGCCAGAUUCAGGAUGCCCUUGCAUUAUGCAGUGGGAGUCUGCCAUCCUGGUGUUACCAGUUGACAAAAGCGUGUCCAUUCUUGUUCCCUUUUGAGACCCGUCGACAGUACUUCUAUUCUACUGCUUUUGGAUUGUCUCGUGCGUUGUAUCGUCUUCAGCAGCAGCAGGGUGCUGAUGGUCAUGGAUCAGCAAAUGAAAGAGAGGUGAGGGUUGGGAGAUUACAACGCCAGAAAGUCCGUGUUUCUCGAAACCGCAUUUUGGAUUCUGCUGCCAAAGUAAUGGAGAUGUAUUCUAGUCAGAAGGCUGUGCUUGAAGUGGAAUAUUUUGGUGAAGUUGGCACAGGUUUGGGCCCUACCUUAGAGUUCUACACACUUUUGAGCCAUGAUCUACAAAAGGUUGUGCUUGGAAUGUGGAGGUCGAAUUCAUCAUCUGACAAACCAUCAAUGGAAAUUGAUGAAGAUGGAAACAAGAAUGGGAAGGUCAACAACUGUUCUGAUGCUAUGGGCGCUGAUGUUGUCCAAGCUCCACUUGGUUUAUUUCCUCGUCCUUGGCCCCCAAGUGCUGAUGCUUCUGAGGGUAGCCAGUUUUAUAAGGCUGUUGAGUAUUUUCGGCUGGUUGGUCGUGUGAUGGCAAAAGCUCUUCAAGAUGGGCGUCUUUUGGACCUACCACUUUCCACAGCAUUUUAUAAGCUUGUGCUUAAUCAAGAGCUUGAUCUGUAUGAUAUUCUCUCUUUUGAUGCGGAAUUUGGGAAGGUUUUGCAAGAAUUGCAUGCCCUUGUUUGCAGGAAACGGUUCCUAGAAUCUUCAGGAACUGAUAAUCUUGAUGCAAUUUCUGAUUUGCGUUUCCGAGGGACUCCGAUUGAAGAUCUCUGCUUGGAUUUUACCCUCCCUGGUUAUCCUGACUACAUUCUAAAACCUGGAGAUGAAACUGUUGAUAUAAAUAACUUGGAUGAGUACAUAUCUUUGGUGGUUGAUGCAACAGUGAAGUCUGGGAUUAUGCGACAGAUGGAAGCAUUUAGAGCUGGGUUUAAUCAGGUUUUUGACAUCUCAUCCUUACAAAUAUUUUCCCCACAAGAAUUGGACUAUUUGCUUUGUGGCCGUCGGGAGUUAUGGGAGCCUGAGACCCUUGUUGAUCACAUUAAAUUUGAUCAUGGAUACACUGCCAAGAGUCCUGCAAUCAUUAAUUUACUUGAGAUCAUGGGAGAGUUCACACCAGAGCAGCAGCGUGCCUUCUGCCAAUUUGUUACUGGUGCACCAAGGUUACCUCCUGGUGGUCUAGCAGUAUUAAAUCCAAAGUUAACCAUUGUGAGGAAGCAUUCUUCAUCUGCAGGGAAUGCAGCAGCGACAAAUGGAACUGGGCCUUCAGAAUCAGCGGAUGAUGACUUGCCUAGUGUCAUGACCUGUGCUAACUAUCUGAAGCUUCCUCCAUACUCCACCAAGGAAAUAAUGUACACGAAGCUACUAUAUGCAAUCAAUGAAGGGCAGGGAUCCUUCGAUUUGUCAUGAGUGCUGACUAACUGGUUGGUUGCUGUAUAUUGUGUCGCAAGACUCCGGAUCAUUGUUCUUUUCCUGGAUUAAUAGGAAGUAGCGCCUGUUCAGCUCAAUAAUGGCUUCUUUUUGGUGGCCCUAUAAACUAGUGGUAUCAUCAAGGUUGGAUUGCCGCAUUUUCAUGCUGUAAAGAGGGAACAUAUGGAGAGCUUGUUCAGCUGCUAAAUGCCUGUAAAUAAAUAGGAAGUUCUUUUUUGUUUUUUGUUUUUUUGCCCCAUAUUUAGUAGGAUAUACAUGUAUGCCAUGGAACAUGGGAUGAGAAAAUAAAAGAUUUAAAUAUUAGUUAUCCUAUUAUUUAUGUUUUCUAA